CUCAAUUUAUAAAUUACAGUUUGUUCGGAUUUAUAUUUUCUAGAUAUAAGUUUAACAGAAGCAUAAUUUUAAUAUGCAAAACUCAGAAGAUCACAAUAUUCCACUCCUUGAGGAAAUUAUCUACCCAGAUGUGGAACCGGGUAUAAUAAAUCGAUCUAUGAUUGAAACAUGUUAUUUAGAGGACGCCCACCGAGGCGAGGAGCGUCGAUUACACCAGUUAGAGCCCGUAGUCUUGGAUAAAAUUGAAUCAAUACGUAUGGAGUUCAAAAAGGGCGAAUAGAACUUUGAAGACCCUGAUAACAAAAUUUUCUGGAGGUGACCAUAGGAAUGAUGACCUGCGGAUCUUUCACCUAGCAAUGAACAUCGGCUUCCGCUGGAUACAUUUAAGUAUUCCUAACGAGAGGACGAGAAUCAACUCAGGACUUAAAGAGUUCGGUGGAGAGUGCCUCCAAAAAGGACGAAGUUAUCGUGAUCAUGCUACGCAACAUGGAGAAAGUUGCUUAUAAGAGCCAUUAGCAAUGAUAUCUACUGCUAAAGAAGUCAAUAUAGUGUUUGAUGAAAGCACAUGUAUAAGCUGGCCGAAUAAAAGAUAUGGACAUUGUGAAUCCCUCAGAGCCUGCCACGUUUUUGUAGUUGUAAUAU